UUGAUUUGUUCUACAGAAACCAAUAAGUACAUUGCCGCGUGGAGACGAAACAGCAACUUGAAGAGAAGGGGAACUCCAAAUCUUCGUCCUCCGUUUUCUGGAGCGUCUGAGAAACCCUUUCUACUUCAAAUUUCUUCAUAGAUUCUUUCGAUUCAUUCUCCGUUUCGUGAAUUCGUUUCUGAUUCUCAUCUUUCUGUUUCAAUAUCUCUGGUUUCUCCACUUUUGAAGAUCGAGAGAGGAUUCUUGUUGCUUAGCUUCAACAAUGUUUAACAGGCUGUUUGGUAAACCUAAACAAGAAGCUAAUGCUUUGGCUACGUUAGAGAAGUUAAGCGAGACACUUGAAAUGCUGGAGAAGAAAGAGAACGUUCUUGUUAAGAAGGCAGCUGCAGAGGUUGAAAGAGCUAAAGAAUUCACGAGAGUGAAGAAUAAACGAGCGGCCAUACAAUGUUUGAAGAGAAAGAGACUUUAUGAACAGCAAAUAGAGCAGCUUGGAAAUUUCCAAUUGCGCAUCCACGAUCAGAUGAUUAUGUUAGAAGGGGCAAAAGCUACAACGGAGACUGUAGAUGCUUUGAGAACAGGAGCAUCUGCCAUGAAGGCAAUGCAGAAAGCAACAAAUAUUGAUGAUGUGGACAAGACGAUGGAUGAGAUCAAUGAGCAGACUGAGAAUAUGAAACAGAUACAGGAAGCGCUAUCAGCUCCGAUUGGUGCUGCAGCUGAUUUCGAUGAGGAUGAGUUGGAGGCAGAACUUGAAGAUCUGGAAAGUGCGGAGUUGGAAGAGCAACUUCUCCAACCAGCAUCAACGGCUCCUGCUGCGCCUGUUUCAGUCCCAGCAGGCCGAGUUCCUGCACGCCCUGCUCCUCAAAAGAGAACCGCUGAAGAAGACGAACUUGCAGCUCUGCAAGCUGAGAUGGCUCUCUAACCAGGUAAUGCAUCAUGCAAAGUGUUAUUCAUCUCCUGGCUGAUUGUGCAUCAUCCAAGAAAAAUCUUCUGAGUGUUUAAAAAUUUUAUACGAAUUAUUAUUCUUGCCGCGAAACGAGACUGUAUAUAAAGUUGGCAAAAUUACUGGGAUCGUCAUUUAAAUCUUCUAUUUAUUUAUUCUGUAUUUGGCCGAGUCCGCGAACAACAUUGUCAUUCUUUUAACUGUCAUGCUCCUCGGGAAGUGUAGAUGGGGGUAUUAUUUGAGUUUGGUAAUCAUCUCUUCUUGAUUCAUAGUAGUUAAGUAAUAUAAGAAUGCCAUAUUUGUUUAGAUAGAA